UAAAAAGAAGUGUAGAUAUGGUUAUCUGUGUGUCCGCAUGUUGUUUCUCUUUCCUUUUCCAUCACUCUCCACAAUGGACUGACUCCCUUGCGUCUAAACCAUAAUUAGAGGAGCAAUCAACAUUUAUAUAAAAAGUAUGGUGAAAUUUUCAGCAGCUUAUAUAUCAUGUUCAUGUACAUAUUCACUCCACAACAAUUUUUUGGUGCCCAAAUUAAAUGGACCACGAAUACUUUUAUCCCAGGCAAAGCAAAAGCUAGUAAAAUCCCAGAUGAUAGAUAAUGCUACAACUUACACUUCCAGAAUUGCCACUGAUAUUCCUCUAUAUGAAAUACCCGGGGCUUCGUUUGAUAGAUAUCUGGAUAAUAAACCUCGAAUUUUCAAGGCCAUUUUUCCUGACAAAAGAAGGAGCCAGCAACUCAAUCAGGAAGAGUGGAGAAUUCACAUGCUACCCAUAGAGUUCCUGUUGAUCACCGUCUGGCCAGUUAUUGAUAUGAGAUUGAGGUGUAAAUCUAAAGGAAUAGAUUACCCGCCUGGGAUCCCACCUGAUGUUUCUAAGGUUCUUGAACUCGACAUAAUAAGAUGGGAGCUUCAAGGGCUGGAUGAUGUGAUGAAGCCAUCCCAGUUCUCACUUGGAGUAAAAGGGUCUCUUUACCCGGACAGGAAUGGACCAAGGAGCAGGCUGAAAGGUCAAUUACAGAUGAGCAUUAGCUUUGUUCUUCCACCCGUGCUAGCGUUGGUCCCUGAAGCUGUUCGUAGAGAUGUCACAGAGUCGGUGCUAAGGAGACUGUUGCAGAACAUGAAGAGUAAAGUAAAUGGUAGCUUGCUUUCGGACUAUGCUGAAUUCAAGAGGGAAAUGCAGAACAACUUAUUAGUCUGAACAGUACCUAAAACUAUAGUGGUGCAUGGUGAUUGACACUAGUAGUGUUCAAUUGUUGUCAAUGGUAUCCAAGAAUGAGGAAAUUUUGUUAUUUAUAUUGAUGGGAUUUGUACAAAGAUAGUGACAAGUAUUCCCAUAAUUUGGAAGUUAAAUUCUUUCUGAGUUUAGCAAAAAUAAAAUAAUUAUUGUGAAGA